GGCAGAGUUGUGGGAUUGGUGGAGGCGGACAUUGUUGUGGUAACGGUUCGGAUCCGGAGGAUGAGCGGAGGUGAUGCGCUUACUGCGGCCAUAUAGCGGCUGAGAUUUGGACUGUAUUGCAUUUCAUCUCCAAUCCAAGAAUGUGUUGUCCCUAGGAGGAAACGCUGCGUGCGCCGCCCGGAGCGCUCCGGCCGCCGGGAGAGCGGACUUCAUUCAGCCGAGCGGAGCCUGAUGAGACGACGCCAGCGACGUAAAACUCACCACAUCUGCAGGGUGUUGCAUCCGUGGCUGCAGGAAUACAUGUCCGCGGAUCGACCGGGCCUCCGUGUACAUUGAGCCCCCACAAUCCUCAGGGAGGUGACUGUUUUCCUUGAAAAAUAGAUUGCAGGGAGAGGAGGACAAAUACAUACCGUUUGGCUCCCGGAGGCCUAUGGAAAACACAUGCUGUUCAGAGGAUGACUGACUGAGAUUAAUGGGAGCAUCUUCAUACACGACCUCAUUAAGGCAUUAUACACGGUGGGCAGAUUUAAAAUAGGACUGGAGAAAACGAUCUAAAUGAAGAGAUCACGUGUUUCUGCCUUUAUAUUACCUCCGGUGCUUUAGUGAUUAAAUGACAUCUGGCGCACUGUGGAUGCAGAUGAGGAUGUGAUAUCACUAUUGGAUAUUGUACACAGCCACAUCUCAGCGCUUUUAUAACAUUCUCAGGUACCCACCGGUUCGUUUUCUGGUGUAAAAAUGGGUAGCGAAGGUGAGAUAAUAAAUAGAGAGUUGUCAAAGAUGUCUGACGAGGACUUGCUGGCGUGCUCCAAAGAGGAGCUCGUGAGCCGCUUGCGUAAAGAGGAGUCGGAGAAAAUAUCAGCUCUGAUCCAGCGCGGCCGCCUCAUCAAAGAGGUCAACAAACAGCUACAGGGACACCUCCUCGAAAUCAGGGAACUGAAGGUGAUCAAUCAGCGCUUGCAGGAGGAAAACGUGGAGCUGCGGGACCUGUGCUGCUUCCUGGACGACGACCGGCUCAAAGUGAAAAAGCUGGCCAGGGAAUGGCAGCUGUUCGGGCAUCACGCCGCCAAAGUGAUGCGGGAAGACCUGGGUGGGUACUUGAAAAAACUGGCUGACCUGGAGCGCAUGCAGGACGGACUAGUGAAGGAGAAUCUGGACCUGAAGGAGCUGUGCCUGGUCCUGGAGGAGGAGUGCGUCAGCAGGAGUGAUUCCAGCCCGGGGGGCUCGUCGGAGCUCAACCUGCCCUGCAUGGUGGCGCGGGACCUGGGGGACGGCAGCUCCAGCACGGGCAGCGUGGGCAGCCCCGACCAGCUGCACCUCGUCUGCUCCCCGGAUGACUGAAGCCGGUGUCGUGCCAAAAAGUGAUUGCCCUUCCAGAAUCUGAUUUCUCCCCUGAAAAUGGGUAUUUUAAUCUGCCAAAAAUUGAUUGAAGGCCAAAUACAGUUAAUGAAAAGUUGUUUCUACCUAAAUAUGAUUUGAUCUCAUUCUUGAGCUUCAUAAUAUAAACACUAGAGCUCACAGGAUUGCGUUUAACUCUUUUAAAGGACCAUUACAACACAAAAUAGGCAUUUUCACCUGCCAAAAAUUGAUUGAAGGCCAAAUGCAGUUAAUGAAAAGUUGUUUCUGCCUAAAUAUGACUUGAUCUCAUUCUUGAGCUUCAUAAUCUGAAAAUUCUGGCAGGCAACUCACUCGAGAUCAAAUCAUAUUUAGGUAGAAACAACCUUUCAUUAACUGUAUUUGGCCUUCACUCAAUUUUUGGCAGGUAAAAAGACCCAUUUUCAGGGGAGAAAUCAGAUUCUGGCAGGAAAUCACUUUUUGGCACGACACCUGAUUGAUGCCAGGCUCGUGUCAGCAGCCAGGGCUUCUCCACCUCAAAGAGGAGGCAGUUGACUGAUGAUAGACAAGACUGAAGAAGGAAACUAAAUCAGAGAAACAUACAUUUGGGCCUUUGUGAAUGCUGCAAAGAUUUCUGUGCCACUAUAGUUUUUGACUUAACAAAUUCUGUAACACAACACAUUUAGGGACUCAACAAAGACAUUUCGGUAUUUGAUGUUAGCCAGAUGACAAUGUAUCUAAAUUUAACAUUUUUUGUUAAAUAAUCCUCUAGAAUUGCUCCUUUUUCAGUGGUCUGUUUGGGAAAAAAUGGGACCAAAAAGUGGGUCACAUACAUAAAUUUAUCUCAUGCACUGGACUAGACUACACUGGUAGAAGCCUUUUUCCUCUUGCACUGGACAGCUUUUAUCUUGAAUCUUGAAAUCACAGAUCGAAAGAUUCCUUUCAAUCCAGUUUUGAGCCAUAUUUAGUCCACUGAAUUCCGAUAGCACUGAAACGGAUGCGUUGUGAUAAAAAUGAGACUAUUUGAUAUCUGCUUUUGCUAUAAGUUCCCGGUUGUGUAAUAUUUGAACCACUCUCUUCCUCAGGACAGGAUUGGAGUGCCAUAUGUGCAUGAUGACUGUCACAGUUUGUACAGGCUGUUGUUAAAGCCCACAGGGGUUAACUGCUGGGUGGGGCUCCUGUGCCUAACACGUGCUGGAGCCUGAGCAGAGCCAGCCAGCACACUUGUUAAGGUUUGCAUCAGACAUGAUAGAUGUUGUUUGGACCUCGCUGAGAGCUGAACUGAAAAAGUUGUGUCACUUUUUUAAAAUCCAACUGGAAACUCUUUGUACCAAACUACGAGUUUGAAUUAUUUUUCUUCUAUUAACUUCAAGCCAAUAUGGUGACACUCCCUUGUUAGACAUUUUUUAUGAUGUUGUUGUUGAUGUUCUGUUAGAAUAUCAGAAAACCCGUUUGGGCUGGUGAUCGCUGGCUUUUCGUUUAGUAUCUCAUGUUUCGUAUUUAUUCUGUAACAUUAGGGAUAAUUUUAACUUUGAUCCUUCUAUAUCUUGAUUUAUCUGUAUUAACUAUAGCGUUACUAACCAUUUUCAGUUUAAUUCAUAGAUAAUGCACAAGGAUUAGAACAAGAUUUAUUUUGUUGUCUUCUGUUUAUUGGUGGGCUAUCCUCGUAGUGCACUGAAGAGCUUUAAAUACAGUGGGUCUGACACCCUGUGCUGUUCUGA